AACAAAAGGCCCGCGCUGCCUCAGUCCGUCUGUUUCUCUUCGGGCGCUUCGACUGUUUCCGCCUUCGCGUUCGGGCGUUUCCGGCGCCCGCCGCUCUCGGUUCGUCCCGCCGUUCCCAGGUUGCUGUCGGGCUCGGGGACGGGAGCGGCGCGGAGGAGACCGGACGGGCCCAGAACACCCGCCACCCCUAAGCACCCGUGCCUUGGCUGCUUCUUGCCCGUGCUGGAUUAUGCUCGUCACAUUCUCCCUGUGUUCCAUCAUCUGGUUGAAUCGUGGCUUCAAGUUACGAAAAAGAGGUUGUACUUACGUAAGUGCCUGGUCUGCAUCAGUGGGCCUGCCUCUCCUCCAUGCAUAACUCUUGAGGCUCUCGUGGGGGAAGUUUCUUUGCCCCCCUUCCAUCCCUCCUCCCACGUUGCUCAGCCUGCUUGGCAUUGAGUAGCCCAUGGAGGGCACUGAAGGGUACCAGUACCGGGCCGUCUACCCAUACCACAAGGAGCGAGAGGAGGACAUUGAUCUGCUACCUGGAGACACCUUGGUGGUGAGCAGAGCAGCCCUGCAGGCCCUGGGCUUCAAGGAUGGUGAUGAGCAGGUGCCCAACCAGAUUGGCUGGAUUCUGGGUGUCAACGAGCGCACCAAGCAAAAGGGGGACUUCCCAGGCACAUACGUGGAGUAUGUUGGACCCAUCAAGAUCUGUGUGCCAUCCUACCGGCCCAGGAUGACUCGGCCCCUCCCAGCUGCCCCUGCGGCUGGUGCCUCCCAUGUGCAGGAGGCCUUGGAACAGGGGUUGAUCCUUCCGGAGCUUCUGGAGCAGCUCGUUCCCCCUGAGGUUGCCCCUCCUUUGCUGAGCCGACUGGUGGGCGCCAUUGAAAGGAAAGGGCUGGAUUGUGAGAUGCUGUACAGGACGCCUGGCUCCGAACUGAGGCAAGCACAGAGAAACAGCUGGCCUCUGGCUGGCGACUUGGAGGCUUGGGAUGUGCUGUCCCUGGGCGAAGGCCUCAAGAGGUACCUGCAAGAGCUGCCAACCCCAGUCGUGCCUGACAGAGUGCAUGGGGAGAUCCUGCAAGUGCUGCAGGAUGCCAGCCCACCUGAACUUGUACGGACACAGCUGCUCUCUGUAUUAGAUCCGCCUGGCCUUCCUCUGCCCCAUCUUCUCACCCUCCAGUUCCUCCUGCGUCACUUGGCAAAAGUGGCUGAAGAAGCUGAGAGCAACGGGCUGCGGCCCCGUGUCCUGGGCGAGAUCUUCGGGCCUCUGCUCCUUCGGAGGCCUGCCGCUGCCAGCUCUGAGAUGAACCCUGACUUCUCUGUGCUGUUCCUGGAGACUCUUCUGUGGACCAUGAAGCCCAAGCAGGCACUGCCCCCGCCAGCUCUGCCCCCCAAGCCCCCCAAGCCAAAGCCUGCAGCGGUAGCCCUGACCAAUGGGAACGGCGUGGCUCUGCAGGAUGCCGAGUGGUACUGGGGUGACAUCUCCAGGGAGGAAGUGAACGAAAAGCUCCGAGACACUCCAGACGGCACCUUCCUUGUUCGAGACGCAUCCAGCAAGAUUCAAGGCGAAUACACUCUGACGCUGCGGAAGGGGGGCAACAACAAGCUGAUCAAGAUUUUCCAUCGGGAGGGCAAGUACGGUUUCUCAGAGCCACUGACCUUCAGCUCCGUGGUGGAGCUCAUCAAUCAUUAUCGGUAUGAGUCUCUGGCCCAGUACAAUGCCAAACUGGACACACGGCUGCUGUACCCCAUCUCCAAGUACCAGCAGGACCAGGUGGUGAAGGAGGACAGUGUGGAAGCUGUUGGGGAGCAGCUCAAGGUCUACCACCAGCAGUACCAAGACAAAAGCCGCGAGUACGACCUUCUCUAUGAGGAGUAUAUGCGCACCUCGCAGGAGUUGCAGAUGAAGAGAACAGCCAUCGAGGCCUUCAAUGAGACCAUCAAGAUCUUUGAGGAGCAGAGCCAGGUGCAGGAAAGGUGCAGCCGGGAGUACAUUGAGCGUUUCCGGAGGGAGGGGAACGAGAAGGAGCUGCAGCGGAUCCUGAUGAACUCGGAGAAGCUUCAGUCCCGCGUCUCCGAGAUCCAUGACAGCAAGAGGAAGCUGCAGCAGGAUCUCAAGCAGCAAGCCUUGGAGAAUCGCGAGAUUGACAAGCGCAUGAACAGUCUCAAGCCCGACCUACUGCAGCUGCGCAAACUCCGGGACCAAUACUUGGUGUGGCUGACCCAAAAGGGAACCCGCCAGAAGAAAAUCAAUGAGUGGCUGGGCAUCAGGAACGAGACUGAGGACCAGUACUUCAUGAUAGAGGAUGAGGAGGAGCUACCCCACCAUGAGGAGCGGACAUGGUACGUUGGCAAGAUUGACCGCACCCAAGCUGAAGAGAUGCUGGCUGGCAAGCGGGAUGGGACCUUCCUCAUCCGGGAGAGCAGCCACCCUGGCUGUUACGCCUGCUCAGUUGUGGUGGAGGGCGACACCAAGCACUGCAUGAUCUACAAGACGGAGACAGGCUAUGGCUUCGCCGAGCCUUACAACCUCUAUGCCUCGCUGAAGGAGCUGGUCUUGCACUACAGGCACACCUCACUGAUGCAGCACAAUGACUCGCUCAGUGUCACGCUGGCACACCCCAUCCUCUCCCCACCUCCACCCAGGUGAAGAGCUGAGGUCGGGCACGCUGCCUGUGGAUUUAUGAAUGGGAUGGAUUUGCAGGGGGGCUUCUGGCUGCUUUUCCUUCAUCCGGGCAAGGAGCGCCAGCUGGAGCCUGAGCUGCUGGGCCUGCCUGCCUUGCGUCGCUGGGUGCAGCUCGGACUCUGGCUCCCGCACUCCCGACCCCGGUAGCUGUCUGCAAGGAUCCGGCAGGGUCUGGCGUUUCUCUGCCCCCCUCCCCCAGUCGUCGGCAUGCACUGCACUUUCUUGCAUAAAGCCAUACUAUUUGCUGCCCUGCCUAAAAUGAGGAAUGGGCCAAAUGAGUUCCACAAAAGGGCUGUUCCACCUUCAGGAGACACUGGCCAUGCUCUUCUACUGCUUCCAGAGUCCUGUGAACUUGUCUGAAGCCAUUUGAUCAAUGAAGAAUCACAGCUGGCUUUCCAGCCCCCGUUUUAACUUCUGUGUCCGUAUGUGUGCUUGUACACAGAGCUCAGUGUUCCUGAGGAGUGGUGUGUGCGCACUGGCUCUCCUCUUGCAAAGGCCCUUCGUAUGUUCAGUGACAGAGAGAAUGCUUUCCCCCACCAUGUAGUCACUGCAGGACUGGGCUGGCCAUCCAGGAGCCGUGUGCCUGGCGGAGCACGCAGGUGACUGGACAACGGGCAUCGUUUUCCUUUCAGACCCCAUUCUAGAGAGAUUGCCUCAGCUGUCUGCUCCCCAGCCACCCUUGCUGGGACUUUUUCUGUGUUAGGAUUACGGAAGUUUACUAAGUCAUUGUACACCCAGUAUUUGUGUCAGAACUUGUUAAUAUAAAAUUAAAGAAAUUUUGUAUGGUACUUCAAAG